AUGGAGAGCCGGGUCCCCUCGGCCCUGGUGCUGCCCCAGGUGCUGGGGCCGAGCCGGGAGCCGGGCUCCGGGCGGGCCGGGCCGUCCCUGCUGCGGAGCGCGGCGGCGGCGCGGGCCCUGGCCAGCGUCCUCCGGCCGUGCUACGGCCCCCACGGGCGGCAGAAGCUCCUGGUGGUGGACGGCGGCGAGGCGGUGUGCACGGGCCAGGCGGCGGCCAUCCUCAAGGCCCUGCGGCUGGAGCACCCGGCGGCCCGGCUCAUCCGGGAGGCGGCGCAGACGCAGGCGGAGCGCUGCGGGGACGGCACGGCCUUCGUGGUGCUGCUGACGGCGGCGCUGCUGGAGCAGGCCGAGGGCCUGCUGCGGGCGGGCCUGACGCGGAGCCAGGCGCGCGAGGCCCUGGCGGCGGCGGCGGCGGCGGCCGCGGCGGCGCUGCCCGCGCUGGCCGUGCGCUCGCUGGGGCCCCUGGAGGACCCGACGUGGGCGCUGCUGUCGGUGGUGAGCACGCACCUGCUGCCCAACGCGGGCUGCCUGGCGCGGCUGGUGGCGCAGGCGUGCUGGGCGAGCAAGGAGCCGGACGGCAGCUUCCGCGCGGAGCGCGUCGGGGUGUGCGCGCUGCGGGGCGGCACGCCCGAGCAGUCCUGCGUGCUGCCGGGGCUGGCGCUGCCCGCCGCCUGCUGCGGGAUGCGCACCUCGGUGCCGGCCGGGGCGCGGCUGGCGCUGUUCGCCUGCCCGUUCGGCCCCGCCGCGCCGGGCCUGCCCGCCGUCGCGCGCCUCUCGGGCCCCGCGGACCUGGCGGCGCUGCGCGCGGGGAGCGAGCGCGCGCUGGAGCGGCAGCUGGCCCCGCUGGCCGCGCUGGGCAUCAACGUGGCGGUGGCGUCGGGGGACGCGGACGAGGCCGCCGUGGCCGUGGCCGACCGGCUGGGCAUCAUGGUGCUGCGGGCCGCGUCGCGGCGGGACCUGGCGUACCUGAGCGAGGUGCUGGACACGCCGCUGCUGCCGCGGCUGGAGCCGCCGCCCCGGCCGGGCCGCUGCCGCCGGGUGUACCUGCAGGCGCUGGGCGGCGCGCUGGCGGCCGUGCUGGAGGAGCCCGCGGGCGGCGCGCCCGCGCUCACGCUGGUGCUGCGGGGCGCCACGGCCGAGGGCCUGCGCGGCGCGCGCCUGGCCGCCUACCGCGCCAUCGACGCCUUCGCCCAGCUCUGCCGCGACCCCCGCCUGCUGCCCGGGGCCGGCGCCGCCGAGAUGGCCCUGGCCGCCGCGCUCGGGGACCAGGGGCGCCGGCUGGACGGGCCCCGCGGCCCCGCCUUCCUGGCCCUGGCCCGCGCCCUGCGGUCGCUGCCCGGGACGCUGGCCGCCAACGCGGGCCUCGCCGUCGCCCAGGCCCUGGCGGAGCUGAGCGGCGUUCACCAGGCCGGGAACUUCCUGGUGGGCGUGGGGGCCGAAGGGCUGAUCGACGUGGCCCGGGAAGGCGUGUGGGACCCCCUCGUGGCCAAGCUCCAGGCGCUGCAGACCGCGGCCGACACGGUGAUGGAGCUGGUGACGGUGGAUGAGAUCGUCCUGGCCCGGGAGGACGCCGCCCAGCCCUAGCCUGGU